AUGAAUAAGAAGAUUGUAUUUAGUUAAAGAAAAAUGUAAAUCCAUCAGAAAUAUGAUUAGUUUCUAAUUAAGGAACAUGAAUGGAAAAAAGAUAAAGCUCUGUAUGAAUAAAAGAUAUAAUUAUUGGAAUUACAAUUAGAGGAUUACAAAACAAGAGAAAUAAAUUAAAAGAAGCUGAAUGAUACCAUAACUCAGGCAAUAGAUAUAUCUGGUAAAACAUAACAAAAAAGUUAUUCUGAAUUUCAAAAAUCAAUGGAAGUAUAAUUCUCCAAUAAUAAAAAAUAUUAAGAGUGUGUAACCAAAUUAGAAGAGAAACUUAGAUAUUUAAAUGAAUAAUUAAACGAUAAAGAAAAUUAAUUAAAAGAUCUUGAAAUAUUAUAAUAAAAAUAGCAAUUUAUGAAUGAACACAAAAUCUAAACUUUAGAGCAGGAUAAAUAGUACUUGAAUUAGGAAGUCAAUACAUUAAAAGAUCAAUUGCAAAAACUAGAAGAAAACUACAAAUCUAAAGAGUAAUUACUAAAAUUACAGUGCGAGUAGGAGAUAUAAAAAAUUAAAGAUAAUUCCUUUAAAGAUAUGUAGGAGAAAUAAUCAGACUACGAUUAAAGAUACCAAUAGUUGGCUUAGCUAUAUGAAAAAGAAAAGGAUCAAUUACAAUAAAGACUAUUAAAAAGUUAAAAUACAAUUAAAAAAUAUUAAGAUCAUAUCGAAUCUAACUAAGAGAAUUAGCAAAUGCAAUAAAAAUAUGAAGAUGAAAUAGCUUAAUUAAAAUAGUAGAUUGAGGAAUAACAGAUAUCUUUUCAAUAAGAAAGAAGUGCUUUGAAAAAAUAAUUGGAAGAUUAAAUAAACACUUAAAAUAAUUGUGAUGCUAAUUCAAAAAAGAAAAGUGUUGAGGUCGUAAAAUUAAGAAAUUCAAUGAUUUCUCAAGAUAGUCCUAUUUAAUGCAAGAGCAUACAUAUUCCCUAACCUGAAAGCAAGUAGACAAUAUAGUAAUCUAAAAGCUAAACAAAUACUUUCAACAAAUCAAAUGAAAAAUAAAAAUAAUAAAUUUUUAAAAAUAACCUGUCUUUUGAUAAAAUAAAGCCUAAUAAUUAAGAUACUAUACCAAUAUCAAUUGAUGAAUAUAAUAUUAAGAUGACCAAAAAGUCAAAAUCACAGUCCACUAAUUCGUUACAACAAAAUCAUAAUAUAAACUAAUAUUUGUAAGAGGCUUGUAUCUUUUAAGAGGAAAUGGAGAAUGGAGAGGAAUUUAUAAAACAUAAGAUGUCACAUUAACUGACUACAAGAUACAGCAAUGAAUUAGAAUAAAUGAGAUCAUAUUCAUAGUAAGGAGUCACUAAAAACCCUUUGUAAUCAGCAGCCAAUCUUAGUAAAAUGUUAGGAUAGCAUGAUUAUUGUAAUUUAAAGUAAGGCACUUAACUGUCAACUCAAUCAAAGACUCAUAAUAAUACAUCAUUCUCACAUUUUAAAGUGCCUGCAUUUACUUAAAGUUAAUUGAAUAAUUUGAAACACAGUUUAUAUCAACAACCAUGGACAACUCUAAGGAAUAAUGACUCCCAUAGCAAUCAUAUUGAGUCUAUUAAAGCAAGAUAUAAUGCCUAGGAGGAUUCCAUAUAAAACGAUUCUGUCACUUAAAAAAAUAAUAAAGAGAAUCAAUAUCCUCCAAAAAGUGUGCAUAUCAAUAAUGAGAUUAAAUUUUUAAUAGGCAAAUUGUUAUAGGCUAAAGGCAGAUUGCAAUCUGAACUGGAGAACACCUAAAAGUCAUGCCGAUUUAGGACUUGA